AUGCAAGCCGGACUUAAGGAAAAUAACAUGGCUGCAGUUUUCUUUUCCUUUGCUGCUCAUUCGUUGAAUGUUGUAGGACAAGCUGUUGCUUCUUGCUUUGUUGAAUCUGUUAGCUAUUUUGAAUUCAUACAAAUAUUAUACACCAUUUAUUCUGCGUUGACACACAGAUGGGUAAAUUUAAUGAAAGCUUUGGAAGGAAACAAAAGAGUACUAACUUCGAAAUGUUUGUCAGAUACACGCUGGUCAGCAAGAGCUGAUGUUACUGAAGCCCUCGUUGAUGGAUAUUACUACAUUCAAAAUGUAGCCAAAUGUAUUGAAGACAAUUUGACACAAACACAUGAAGCAAGAUGUAAAGGUCAGACGUUGGCAGACAGAAUGGAUUGUCUUAAAACUGCUCUGAUGGUUAUGAAUUGGCAUUUAAUUCUUGUACAGUUUAACAGUAUAAAUAAAGCUCUUCAAGAAGUUGAAGAUGAUUUGAAUAAAGUGAUGGAUCUAAUUGAUUCUUUGGAAAACUUUCUGAAAUCACUUCAGAAUAGCUAUGAAGAGUUGGAACUGAAUGCCAGGAACACGUGUGAAAACACAAACUACAAAACAGCAAACAAGAACGAGCAACAAAUAUGA